AUGGGACCGCCCUGCACCAACUCGAGGCCCUCUGCUCGCAAGGUAAAACUCAGCUACGGCUACAUCGCCGAAGGCAACGAAGCGUCGGAACGCUUCUUCAUGAAGAACGGCUACGGCAAGUUGCCUUCUUUGCGACUGCUGGGCAUUCUCGUGCAGAACAUGCCCAAGCCGGUACCGGACUGGGUAGAGACCCAGCUUCUCGUGGAGGAGGAGGAACGCACUGAAGAGGAGCGCCAGGCCAAGGCCGACGAAGCCGUGGAGAGCAUACACACGUUCUGGGGACAGGCCGACUUCCUCUUGCCCAGGGAUUCGCUACGACGCGUGCUCGCCGAUCCUCACAGUUCGGGUCCGUACGUCAUCACCUCCACAGCACCAAUCAUUGACCUCUCUCCGCUCGGCUCGCAGGGCGCGCCAUGGUACAUUCGCUCGGGGAUCUCGGUCAUCAACCGCCUGGCCGUGUUUCUGCCCUCGCUGAUCCCCUCCCUGCCGGACAUCGGGAAGAAGGACCACCUCGACAUGCGCACCGUCUUUGGCGUAUGGGUGAAAGGGACAGAAGGCCCCGCGCUACUCAGUCACCUGCUCGCCCACGUACACAACACCCUCAUCAAGAUUCCCGUAAUCAAUCAGGAGGACGUGGACUAUCUGAGCGUGCCCCUGGCCAACGGCCACCCGCUCGCGGCGAGCGUGCCAGCUUCGUCACUGAUAGAAACGUCGACCCUGCCCGUGUUGAAAGGCCUGACCAGCGAAGGCCAGCGCCUUGCGGGCUACACCAGCCAGAAGACGGCUGCGCACGUGGCGGUCGGCGAAGCGUCCGGCAAGACACCGACCGUGUUGCCUCACUUCUUUGAUCCGAGGUCGUAA